AUGACAGACGUCGUGGUCAAAAUAACAAUAGGAACAUGUUACUAUGAUGCAGAGCCAAAACUGGGGGAGAAUUUCAUUGGAAAAGUGGAGCUUUCUUGUCCAGCAUCGCUGAUAUUUACAAGUCCACAGACAUCAGACUGUGGAGUUUAUUCUGCACAGUUGACUGGAGAUCGGAUUGAAACUAUAAAAUACAACGUCACAUUUCAAGAUCCAGUGUCUCCAGUCGAGCUGAAGCUCCAUGUGAUUUCAGACUCAUCCUGCAAAGCAACCUGCAGCACGGAGGACGACGAGGUCAUCGACACUUCUUUAAGUUGUGACAAUAAAUCCUGCCAUCUGGCGGGAGGAGAGAGGUCAAAGGUCACCAAAUCUGGGGCUUCCCUCAGACUCUACCAGUCAAAUGAAUCGAUCAUCUGUAACCAUAGCAACCAGGUCAACUGGACCCAAAGCAAGAAACAGAUCAAUAUCUGUGUGAGAUCUGAAGGGUCCACACUCCAAACUACUCUGAUUGUAGUAGCUGGUAUAAUUGUAGCUGGUAUAAUUGUAGCUGCCAUCAUUGGUCUCUUGUACUGCUAUAUUAAGAAGAAGUUAUGUUUUGCCCAAAGGCAGACAGGGUCAUCAAACUCGCAGACGCUCCCUCAAUCCCAAGCCAACGGAGAUCCCCGCGUCAUUCCUGAGUCUGAUCGUCUAAUGAAUGGAAACACUGCAGAGUCACCUGUUUAAAAACACGGACCGUCGCUCUGUGCCGCACCACAGUCCUAUCCAAAGCUUAUAAAUGCCAGAAAUAGUUUUCCUGUAACUUUAGGUUACAGGUGGUUCUUAGACACACAUAUACAGUUGACCAAGCUAGUACUCUCCUCUUGGCACUGAUUGGUUGUUUCUGAUGGGAGCACAGUAUUUCUGCUGAUGGCAGUAGGGCUACAGGUGGGAAUUGUUUACAAACUCAUUAUUCCAAUUUUUGGGACCAAAUCAUGAUGUACGAUCAAUUAUUCAUAAUGAUAUUUAUUGGUGUGCCUCUCAGUCCACUUUGCAGCUUAGAAUUGCAAUGAAGAAGGGAAUUAAUUUUAAUCAGUAAUUUAUACCUAGACUGACUUAUUCUUGCUGCAUUUUCUGUUUUUAUGAAGCCGUCACUGGAUAAUAUAUGUUUACGUCAACAACUGCCUCGGUUUACAACGGCAAAGCAAUUUCCAUGGUGCAGAUUUUAGCCAUUUCACAAUCUUUGCAGGUAAAAGAGGCAUAAAAAUGUACCUAAUUUCUGACUGCAUUUGAUAAACAUUCAAAUAGAGGAUAGAGGAAUCAAAUUAUCCUGGUAAAAACCCUUUUCCUAGAGCCAUUUGCUUCGUACAAAGGGUCUGGACCCUCAGUUACUGAGAAACUAUUGGUUCCUGUGUUGAGAUUUUAAAUUUUAAUGUUUUCCCAGUGAUUUAAAUAACGCACCGGUUCGACACCAUGAAUGUUACCAGGAAUAACUUGUACUGUAAACAAUCAUUCUCCACUGUGAAGAGAGAAGAGCCAAACUGAACGAAGCUGCUGUUAAUUUUAAUGUAUUAUCCUUACAUAGGACCACA